ACCAGCACCACCACCGCCUCGAACCUCGUAACACACCAGACACAACAAUUGGCGAAAGACCACGCGACCCUGCGCCUCCCCAACACCCGAUUCGAUUCUCUCUCUUGAUCACUGCGCAACUGCACUCCUUCCUCCCCAUCUGCAUGUGAAGGCCAUCCCUGGGCCAUACCGUCCUCAUUCCACGAGAUAAUACCCAGCUGCAGCGCGAGCAAGCAUGGAGGAGCGGGGCGCGCAGGAUGAGCUGUAUCCGAUCGCCGUGUUGAUCGACGAGCUGAAGCACGACGAUGUCCUGUUGCGACUGAAUGCCAUUCGCCGGCUGUCGACCAUUGCUCUGGCACUGGGUCCAGAGCGUACCAGAGAAGAGUUGAUACCCUUUCUGGACGAAUCCGUGGAAGACGAAGACGAGGUACUCACCGCGCUGGGUGACGAGUUGGGCAACUUCGUCGAGUACGUGGGAGGCCCCGACUAUGGCCACGUGCUCCUCUCGCCUCUCGAGAACUUGGCCACGAUUGAGGAGCCGCUCGUGCGGGACAAAGCUGUGGAAUCACUCAAUAAGAUCUGCGAACAGCUAUCACAGCAGCAAGUGGAGCAAUACUUCAUUCCCCUGACCAUCCGUCUAUCGAAAGCCGACUGGUUCACCUCCAAGAUCUCGGCGACUGGCCUUUACAACACACCCUACCAGCACGCUACACCGCAGUCGCAAGAGGGCCUUCGACAGCAAUUUCACCAGCUCGUUCACGAUGACACGCCUAUGGUCAGGAGACAGGCGGCCAAUAAUCUUGCCAAAUUCGUGAAGAGCAUGCCUGCUGCUGUCGUGAUUGAAGACAUGAUCCCACUGUUCCAACAUUUGGCCGGCGAUGAUCAGGAUAGUGUCCGGUUGCUCACGGUGGAGGUGCUCAUAGCCAUUGCAGAGGCAGUCCCCAAGGAACAGCAGAGCAGCCAUGGCGUCUUGCUCACAGCACUUCGCAGCUUGUUCGAGGAUAAGAGCUGGAGAGUGCGAUACAUGGUCGCUGACCGAUUUGAGAAGGUUGCAAAAGCUGUGGAUGACGAAGUCAUAGCCAGAGAUCUGGUUCCUGCAUUCGUCAAACUGUUGAAAGACAACGAGGCUGAGGUCAGGAGUGCUGUUGCUGGGCAGAUACCAGGUUUUUGUCGGCUCGUCGACCGCCAGGCUCUUUUGCGAGACAUUAUGCCUGCCAUUGAGGACCUGGUUUCUGAUUCUUCACAACACGUCAGAGCAGCUUUUGGCAACCAGAUCAGCGGUCUGGCGCCAAUCCUGGGCAAACAAGAAACUACAGAGCAUCUCCUGCCAAUGCUUUUGCAGAUGCUCAAGGACGACUUUCCAGAGGUGCGACUCAAUAUCAUUUCAAAGCUCGAGCAAGUCAACAAUGUUAUUGGCAUUGAGCUCCUUUCGCAGUCGCUUCUGCCCGCCAUAGUGCAACUGGCCGAGGACAAGCAGUGGCGAGUGAGGCUGGCUAUCAUCCAAUAUGUGCCUCUGCUUGCUUCCCAGCUAGGAGUGAAGUUCUUUGACGAGAAACUGAGCACGUUGUGCAUGUCCUGGCUGGGAGAUACGGUUUUCAGCAUUCGAGAAGCCAGCACGCAGAACUUGAAGAAGCUUACUGAGGUAUUUGGCGUUGAAUGGGCGAGCGAGGCAAUCGUGCCCAAGGUCGCUGCUAUGGCUGAGCACCCCAACUACCUCUAUCGCAUGACGACGUGCUUUGCAGUAUCUAUACUUGCGCCUGCAUUAUCUUUGCCCGUCGUUGCUCAGUCCGUGCUGCCUAUUUUGCAGACUCUGGUGAAUGACCCCAUUCCGAACAUCAGAUUCAAUGUGGCAAAGUCUUACGCGGUACUCAUCGACAUCCUCAAACGUCUUCCGGACUCUCCAAGCGCUACCAUUGUGGACUUGGAGAAGCAAGGCGAGACCAACUUCCCCGGCUCUCCGCGAGGACAGCAGCUCAUCAGGGACGAGGUCAUGCCGCCGCUUGAGAAGCUCAUGCAGGAUGAUGAUAUCGAUGUCAGAUAUUUUGCAACUACAGCAAGCAAGGCGUGGAUGGAUACUGAGAGUGCCAUGGAGACUUGAGGUGCCAAGGGAGCAGUAUGACGGGUUCAAAUGUGACGACAGGGAAGAUGGGAAGCUCACAGCACUCGCCGAAGCAAAAGUUGGAAGCAUGUGGCUUCGCUGUGAUGCUACUGAGCUUCAGUGAGGAACGUUCUAUCAAGCUAGAAAUGAAAAGGUCUGGCUACGUGCUGCAUGGCAUGUAUGCACGCAUAGGUGCGUCGCUGGGUUCCCGAGCAAAACAAUGCUCAGGAAGUGAAGUACCUAGUAGCAAAAUCUUACAAGCAAAACUUCGCGGGCCUCCUUCCUGCAUGGUUUUGCCCAGAGUAACGGUCAUCAUCCAGUGCAUAAUCCGCGUGGUCAGUUCGCGCAUGCUUCAGACUCUGGUGCGAGUGGCUGACAUUUGGUUUCGGGGUCAAACACAUGCACACGGUUAUAGGUACAUGUACCUGAGUUUGAUACCUAGC